AUGAAUUCGUUUUGUGUGUUGAGCGUUUCAAUUGCAGAGUUUGACAAGCUCUGUGGAAAUAGUUUGACACAUACCUAUCCGAGGGAUGUACAUUUGGAGAAAUAUUAUCCUACUCUAAAUAUUGCAGACAAGUGCAUUCCAGAUGGUGGACAUAUCUAUUCCGAAGAUCAAACCGGUAUAAUUCUUCCAAUUUCUGAAGAUAACUCGGAAUUGAUACAAAUACUUCAAAAAUAUAUUCCAUCAUUCAAAACAUCAACAACUCCAUUAUCACCCAAGACACCAAGUUUAACAGUUGAUAACAUCCCAGUAAUUCAACAGCCAAUUGGUCAAUAUUUAUAUGGAAGCGUACUUUUCAGGAACAAGCUCGAUGACCGAGUGAAAAGAGGAGCUAUUCAAAAGAGUAUUUUAGUUGUCGCCACAAAACCAUUAUUCACGUUAUUUACACCUCUAAUGAGAGAUGCAAUUGAAAGAAUAAUUAAUGCAGAGGAGGAACAUAUACAGACAACAGAUCCAAUUGAGCUCGAAAAGAAAAGUGCAAAAACUUAUGAAAUUUUGAAAGAAUUUUACGACAGUUUAAAGGUUUCCAUUGAUGUGGCGUCUUCCACGUUUACUAAGAAAUUAUCUGUAACAUUUAAUGACAAACAAUAUGCGUUAAAGGUGCCAAAAUCCAAAGAAGAUACUUAUAACGGAGCCUCUUUGAUCGAUUUUAUAACGAUAUUCGAAAAACAUAUUUGUUACAUAUGGGAGGCAUUAUUACUGUCUCGAAGAAUUUUAUUUGUUGGGUCUCCUGCAAAAAUUGUGACCAUGUGCUGUCUGUCAUGCCCUCUGCUCAUUCAACCUAUGAAGGGUAUAACAAAUAGAAUUUCUCCAUAUGUAACAAUAGGAGAUCCAAAGCUCAAUGAGAUAGUUUAUGUAUGUGGAAUGACAAAUCCAAUACUAGAAAACGCCAAAACUAGUUGGGAUUAUUAUGCAAGUAUAGCAGCUGGAAAAGUUUUAUACAAGAAACAGAAAAUGUCAUUGGUAGCCAAGUCAGAAUUUACAGCAUUUAUUAAGCAAGUCUUGUCAGGAAUCAAAAAAGGAAAGAGUGAAAGUUGGGUGAGAGAACAAUUUAAUCAAUUUAAUUUGAAUUUUCUCAAGACUGUACCUAACUCGAAAAAAAAGAUUAUUUCCCAAGUAUUUAUUUACAGUAACCUGUAUCGAAGAUUUUGCAGUUCCUCCUUGGCUGUUUCUCCAAUAACGCCGACAUCCCCUGGAGUUGACAUGUAUGGAAAUAGCAUGUACAGUAAUAUUAGGACAUUUGCAAAAGUUGGACUAAGCCUGGAUGGAUCUGAAUCACCUUUGAAAGUCAUGUCACCCAAGUUAGUUAAAGACAAGCACUCAAGAAGCAGUAGUGGUGAACUGACAAAGAAAUCUCCUCGAACAUCAGCCCUCAAAACAAUUUAUCGAAAACUUAAUCCAUUUAUUUCGACAAAAAGCGAUUCUACUUUUUCACACAAAGAGUUAAUACCCUUGGUAAUAUCCGAUGUAGAAUUAGAAUUCCUUUGGCCCUAUAUAAUGCCAAAUAGCGAAUCAAUGCUAGAUUGGUCAGUCACUGGUCAUGUGACAUUGUAUAAUAUGACGCUAUGCAUCAAGGAUGGCUUAAAUACAUUUUAUUCCAGGCAUAACGGACCUCUUAGCCACAGAUAUGAGAAAGUAUUGGCGAACAUUCAUUGCGUGUUAGGACAACUCUUCAAAGAAUCCGAUAACACUAAUAUUAUUUAUUCUCAAGAACUGCUAGAAAGUUUGGAUAGAAAAACUCUUCAAGAGAGAGAAAAAGCUUUGUUGGAUACGACAACUAAGAAUAAGAGAGACUGCUCUUUCAUUCAUGUGAAAUUUGAGAGGCCUAUUGAGGCUGAAUUUCUAGUGAUUAACUCUGAGGUGAAACAAACAUCUCAACGAUCCCUAUUUGUUCACAAGAUCGUACGUCUGCAUCAACAAGACAACAAAUAUAUAUUUUCAGACAAUCCAGAAUAUGUUGUGUAUGUGGUCAACAGAUUGAACGAUGAACAAACAGAACUAACCCAAGUCCAUGUCAUCAAGGCAACAAAUCUAAGCGAAAAGAGAGACAAAUACACGUACUACAAUGCAGCCAUUGAAACAAGAAAGUUGCUAAUGGAACGGCUGAACGAAGACAUGACCGAUUACACCAACUUUAACACAAGCGAUUCUGAGAGUGAUGACAAUGGCAGCGAAGAAGAAGAUUUGUCGUUAUAA